GUGGCAGCCAUGGAUGUGUAAAGAAACCACGUACAGCGGAAGUGCUGGAACCAGGAACCGCAGGGAGCACGGCACUGUUGUGGGCAUGGUCUGCUAAAGCGCACACAGCUAGCCACCCUGAUACACUCAUUCAGGGAAACAUGGGAGGGUCUCAAAGCGUCGAGGUACCGGGAGGAGGAACUGAAGGAUACCACGUCCUCAGAGUGCAAGACAAUUCCCCCGGUAACCGUGCAGGACUGGAGCCAUUCUUUGAUUUCAUCAUUUCUAUUUGUGACACUAGACUGAACAGGGACAAUGACACCCUAAAAGAAAUGCUGAAGAUGAAUGUGGAGAGGCCAAUCAAGAUACUUUUAUACAACAGCAAGACGCUGGCAGUGAGGGAGACCACCAUCAUACCCAGCAACCUGUGGGGGGGGCAGGGGCUUCUGGGAGUCAGCAUUCGCUUCUGCAGCUUUGAAGGAGCAAAUGAAAAUGUUUGGCAUAUCUUGGAGGUGGAACCACACUCCCCUGCGGCGCUGGCUGGUUUGAAGGCCUACACCGACUACAUUAUAGGAGCUGACACCAACAUGAGCGAGAGUGAAGAUCUGUUCUCAGUGAUUGAAUCCCAUGAAGAGAAGGAGUUGAAGCUGUAUGUUUACAGCACAGAUACGGACAACUGCCGCGAGGUGGUCAUCACUCCAAACUGUGACUGGGGAGGGGAGGGCAGUCUAGGAUGUGGGAUUGGCUACGGCUACCUGCACAGGAUACCUACACUGCCAUUUGGAGAGGGCAAGACUCUCAGUUUCCCUGCAAAAACUCCCCUUAAACCAGCUGCUCCUCCCAAAGAUGGCUUCACAGAGGUCCAUCUCUCCGCCGUCAUCCCAACGGCUCCAGUAGCUGCGUCUUCUUCGUCUGGAUUAGAGCAGCCUCUCUCCGUCCUGUCGGUGGGCUCUGACCUGACCUCUGUUGUUAGCAAUCCACAGACAGGAGCUCCUAAUGUCCCGCCGCCCAGCCAAGCCUCGCCCUCACAAAGCGCUCCCAUGUCUGUCAAUCCUGCUGCCACACUACCAGGUCUGAUGCCCUUACCUGGAGGUCUUCCACCCUUUCCUCAUUUACCAAAUCUAAAUUUCACCUUGCCCGAUGUGGGUCACGUGUUGCCACAUGGAGUUGGUGGAUUGCAACAUGCAGGUCUUCCACCUCUCAGCCUGCCUCCGCCUGACGUUGUUCUUCCUCCAAUCAAUGCCCAUGCAGCUCCUGCACCCCUCAUAUCCUCCCCCCACCUUCCAAAUGAACAGUUCACUGACCAGAACCCCCAUCCCGCCAUCAGUGGUCCCAUCUGAAUCCAUUCAAAUCACAAUGACUGCAGACUCAUCUUAGCAGAGCAGCGUUUCAGGUCAGCUUGCUCUUAACACAGUUUAGCCUUGCUGCACCGACCACUUGUGAAAUUGGUACGAUUGUUGUUCGAGCUCCAGUAUCUCGAGGAUACUGGAACCUAGUGCAGGCAGCGAGAGGAACAUAAUAGUUUUAACCCUGUAACAGAGGUGAAAUAUUCACUCUGUUGCACAAUAACUUUUAAAGUAUCUAAGCUCAAUAAUAACAUAACAAAACUAUGGGUGCUUUUUAAGCUCGUCAAAAAUAAGUGGGAAACAUUUUUACUUUGAAGUGUGCAUCUUUUUUCAGUGGUCAAACUACUGCAGAGGCCUUUAAAGAUCCAAAUGGGAUUUAUGUUUUAACUAUUUUUGCACUUCCUUCCAAUAUUUUGUAUGCAAAAAAGGCCAAGAUCCAACAGCUGCUCUGCCCGGCUGAGCUGUAGCUUUGGUUAUUGCUCCGACUACAGUUUGCAAUUUAAUUUAUUGUUGCCAUGGCUUCAGCAGCUGUACAGUGACUUUACUGCUCAUGUGAAUUAUGCUUUCUCUGCUAAGAUUAAGCACACGUUACUUAAACCUGCUUUGUUUACAUCAGAUAUGACAGAUGCGUUACCGAGGGUGUUGAGGAAUGUAGCAGCUUCAACACCUAAUACAAUUCACUGCUUAACAAACACUUACACAUGUAUCCCAAUACUAACCGAAGCACAGCCAUGGCUACAUCCACAAUCCAAAGCAAUGUCAUCUCAUUGUGAGAGACUUGUGUCAACUACCUCUGCAAUGAUACACACUUGUUCGCUGAGACACACAUGGGGUGCUCACACAGCCAGCGGUGGUCUACUACUUUAAUAUUGCCUUUCUUCUAGAGGGAAUGAAAAAAACAGUAUUGCAACACAAAGGAGGAAAAACAAAUCCUCCGUGACAUUUCAGUGGUUCUGUAAAUUAUUGAAGGUCUUUCGGUGAAGGCGGGACACUAAUUUAUAAUACUUGGGAUUUCAUUUCAACAAGCAGGUUUCUUGCUGAAGUGCUACAGCCAUUAUAUAUAUAGAAAACGGUUUUUUUCGUAAAGUUAUGCAUCGUUUCCCUAAUUAAACUGUAUUUUCUCAAUCUGA